AUGGCUUUUCCUCCGAUAGCGAGGGCGACCUUGCAAGCUGCGCUGAUUAAUGCGGGUUCCAAUGUUCUCGCUCAGGCUAUUGGGGCUUAUAGGGAUGAGAGACCCUUUGAACUAGACACUCAAGUCUUGUUUCAGUUCACUACUUGCGCCUUUGUUAUUUCACCCUUGACCUUCUUGUGGCUUGAAGGUCUCGAGGCGAAAUUUCCAGGCUAUGAUGAGAGCUCUGCUCCCAAGCCGAAGACGGAGAAGAAGGAGGCACAGAAGCCCAAGCUGAAUGUGACGAAUACUGUGGCGAAGAUUGUCAUCGAUCAGAUUGUCGGCGGUGCCUGGAACACUGUAGCCUUUAUCAUGACGAUGGGACUUUUGCGCGGUCAGAGCUGGGAUGCCAUCACGCUGCAGGUCCAAAAGGAUUUCUGGCCCAUCCUAAUCGCGGGAUUCAAACUGUGGCCUAUUGUCUCUAUCUUGAACUUCACAGUGGUACCAACAGACAAACGGCUGCUUGUUGGCAGUCUGUUUGGUGUGAUCUGGGCCAUUUAUUUGAGUCUGAUGUCUGGUUGA